UGUAUAUAUAGGAAAGUUAAAAUAUCACACGAUUGACAUACGAACAUCUCUUCAUCAUUUUUGUACCUAUAUUAUUUCUAUUUCAUUUAGUUAUUUAGUAUAAUGGAAAACGUAAUUGUGUCUAAGAAAAAUCAGGGUCCUUUAAUAGAUCCCGCGCUGUGUCGAUGUUGUCGUUCUAUUAAAAAAUGUCGCCUUUUAACAUCGGAAUAUGAAUUUAUGGGAGCGAAGGAAGUUUACUCUGAUAUGUUUAUGGAUGUUUUUGGCUUGCUUUUAUCGCAUUUAGAGGAAGAUAGCAAGGAAUCAUGCAUAUGUGCUACAUGCGUGUCUCGUCUACGUGAAGCAUGUGCUUUUCGACGGCAAGUACUGCAGUCUGAGCAAAUGUUUUUAGAGGCUCGAUUGCAGAAUAAAGAUGGUAAUUGUCGGCACUUACUAGAAGGUUUAUAUUUGAAUUUUUAUAUCCUAACAUGUAAAAAUGUAUGUUUUUCAGAUACUGAGCAAAAUCUAAAAGUGGAAAUAAAAAUGGAGCCCCCCUGCGAACCUGAUUGUAAUGACGUUGCUGAUAUGCAGGAUGAUCAGUAUGAAGAUGAUGACAUUGAUACUAAGUUAGAUACCCAAAUACCAAUAAAAGAAGAUACUUUAGAGCGGAAAAUGUCGUUAAGAAAAACGAGAAACAGUCAGAAGAGCAAAGUCGGUAAAGAAUUGAGUAGUAAAAAAAUGCAGAAAUUAAGAAUGAAAUUGGAUAAAUUGAUAAAAACAGAUCCACCUCAGCCGAAGAAAUUGAAGAAGCAGACCAUCGACCACGACCAGAUGGCCUACACCAACACAGUGACAAUAGUUCACAAUUCAUAUGUUUGUCCCUUCCACAACCGCAUCAGUUUCUACUACUGCUACUAUUGCAAGGAUCAGUUUACAAAUCCCAGUGAGUUGAGAGACCACACACUAUCCCAUGACCCAAAAGAAUUGUUCGAAGAUACAACAGAAAACAAGAAACCACCAAAAAUCGAUAUUACUAGAAUCGACUGCAGGCUCUGUUCAGAAAAAAUCGACGAUCUCGAUACAUUUAAAACGCACAUCACUAACGUCCACGGCAAGGUCAUGUACCCGGUCACCAAUGAAUUUUUAAAGUUUCGCCUUACAUUAAACAAUUUGACUUGUACUGAGUGUACUAGUGUGUUUCCUUACUUUGAUUCUUUAAAAAAACAUAUGAUCGACCAUUUUGGCACGUUCACCUGUGAUAUGUGUGGAGCGUGCUUUUUAGAACAGGCAUCCUUGAGAACCCAUAUAAACAAACAUAAGAAGGUAGAUGUGAAUUUUCCAUGUGAGGUCUGCGGUAAGAAUUUGAAGUCAAAAUACAGCAGGAGCUUGCAUGUAGCCACUGUGCAUGAAAAAAGGCCAUUUGUCAAUUGUUAUAAAUGCGAUGCAACAUUUCUAUCCUACGCUCUUCGUAACCGUCACUUGAUAGAAGUGCACGGUGACAAACGUACGUUCCCUUGUAAGUUAUGUGACAAAGUUUACAAUAGAAGAAAAACUUUAAUGGAGCAUAAUAGACGAAACCAUUUAAAGGUGUACAGGCAUCAGUGCGAUCUCUGUGAUCAGAGGUUUUACUUGCCAUCUCGGUUGAAGGAGCAUAUGGCAACGCACACAGGUGAAAGAAAUUUUAGAUGUGAGUUCUGCGAUAAAAGCUAUCCUCGGUUGCAAUCAUUACAAGAACAUAUAAGAUCUCACAGCAGCGAGAAGAGAUACAAGUGUGACGUCUGCAAUACGUCGUUCACUCAGUGCGGUAGUCUGAAGAAUCAUAUGAAGAGUCAUCACCAAGUGUUUGAAAUGGAGGGAAGCUUUAAUUAAUGUUAGUGUGUAAUUUUUUAGCGCAAUUUAAAAGGGAUUGUUUCACCGGCAUGGAUGAAAUUUGUGCAGUGCAUAAGUAACGAAUAGAUUUUACAGCAGGAAGUAGGAUAUGGUGAUUAGGAUCUGUUUCUCCUCAAUAAAGAAACAAUUACUUUUAGAUUCUAAUUGCGAAUAGAAAUAUACCAUAAAUAAAUAAUACAACAAAGUCGACGAAAAAAUAGUCAAGUAAAUGCUAAUAAAAUAUGAUUCAAAAAGUAGUCCUCAGAUCUCGAUCAAAUUUUAAUGGCAAUGGUAAUUUGGAUGGUAUGCAACAUGUCUUACGUUUUACUGUUAAAGUCUAUUCGUAACUUAUUUAUAGGAUAAAUUUCAUCCACAAUCGGUAGAACAGGCAUUAGUGUAAUAAAUUUUAAUAGUGAGUCCACUCAG